AGCACGACCCCACCCCCGGUGUUUUGAUUGGGCGGUCGGCCGGCAGGGCCGAAGGGGAGUGAGAGGUCAAGAUGGCGCCACUGAGGACGGUGAAGGGUUUGGUCGGAUUGGUGACGGGAGGGGCUUCAGGACUUGGCCGGGCAACUGUCGAGAGGCUGGUGCAGCAAGGGGCGAGUGCCGUGAUUGUGGACCUACCUACGUCAGAAGGAGCUAGUGUGGCCCAGGAUCUGGGGGAGAGUUGUGUGUUUGCACCGGCCGAUGUCACCUCCGAGGCAGACGUUAAAAGUGCUGUGGCCCUGGCCAAGGAGAAAUUUGGCCACCUGGACAUCGCAGUGAAUUGCGCGGGCAUUGCAGUGGCAGUGAAAACUUACAACUUCAAGAAGGACAUUGCUCACAGUCUCGAGGACUUCCAGAGAGUGAUCAAUGUCAACGUCGCAGGGACCUUUAACGUGAUUCGUCUAGCUGUCGCUGAGAUGGGGAGGAACGAACCGGAUGCAGAUGGUCAGCGGGGCGUGGUUGUUAACACUGCUAGUGUCGCGGCCUACGAUGGGCAGGUAGGACAGGCAGCAUAUUCAGCCUCCAAAGGUGGAAUUGUCGGCAUGACCCUCCCCAUUGCCCGGGACUUAGCACCCCAAGGGAUCCGGGUGGUCACCAUCGCACCAGGCCUGUUCUCCACUCCGUUGCUGGCUGGCCUCCCAGAGAAAGUGCAGAACUUUCUGGCUCGUCAGGUCCCCUUCCCCAGCCGCCUGGGGAACCCGGCUGAGUAUGCCCACUUAGUGCAGUCCAUCGUGGAGAACCCCAUGCUCAAUGGGGAGGUCAUCCGACUGGAUGGUGCCAUUCGAAUGCAACCCUAGAGGGGAGGGGCUGUGUGGGGGGUGGUGAAAGAGAAACGCAACGUCAGUCCCUCAAACACUAGCAUCCUGACCAUCCGCAGACCCAUGCUGCUGUGGGCUGUACUCCUUGCUUCUGCCCAGCAUCGGUGCCUUCAAACUCUCCCCGUUUCCUUCCUUCCUCCCCCCCCCCCCCCCCCCCCCCCCCCCCCCCAAACUAACAAGCAGGACUCCCUGUCCCUUGUUGGGUUGUACGGACUGCACACUAUGCCAGCCUAUUGCCUCGAGACCCCUGGGGAGGGGCGUACACUGAGGGAUUGGGCUCUGUGAGAGGAUUGGACACCGGCUUGGGUGGUGGUGGCGGGGGGGGACGGUGUGGUGUCAGUGCUCCAUCAGUGAGUGACCCAUCCUGAGAUUAACCCGACACACCAUCCCCCGCCCCUUCCCCAUCCCUGCGCAGGAUGGUAACAGGGAACCCCGUACCCGUCCGCUAUUUGACUGUGUGGAUGUGUGCACACACAGUGGUGUGGGUCAAUGUGAUUGUCCCCCGCCCCCCACAGUGUGGCUGGUACUGCUUUUUCCACACUUUGAGCAUUUGCGGGUUGGCGGGGGGGCGGGGUGGGGGAUGGUCAGUCGUAUCUAACUAGCUGAUCCCUGCUUUGGUAGAGAAAUUGCUGGAGGAACUGGGGAGGCGCGGCAGCAUCGGUGGAAACAGGGCAGAGUUCGGAGAAAGAGCUGAAAUGUUAACUGUGCUUUCUCCUGUCGCCACAGACCACCUGAGUUCCUCCAGGAAUUUCCAUCCUUGCUUCCAACCCGCAGUUCUCUUUGAUUCCAGUGUAAAAAUACAUUGUAAUCAGUACGCAGGGAUGGAGGGUUGGGGGUGGGUGCCGCGAUCUGUGCUGACCCCCUGCUGCCUCGCAGAUGUCUGAGCAUUAAAUUCUGUCAGCAAACCAUGAACCUGACCAGACUAUCGCGGGUCGAUCACUGUGUGCUUCCCUGAUUAAACAGCGACAGGUACGUUGGA